AUGUCCACAGUCCACCUCAACAUCACCAUUCUCGGCGAGUCGGGCGUCGGCAAGACCAGCUUCGCCGAUAAAGUUUCCCACGACACCCAAUAUUGGCGCUAUGCUCCGACCAUAAGCCCAGCUUUCGCGCACAUGAGCCUGCAAGUUGACGGCGACCUCUAUGACCUGAAUUUCCAGGACAUCAGCCUGACGCCAAUCAGGGUUAGGGAACCUGGGUUUGCAGAUGCUAUAAUUAACAGUGCUUUGAGAAGCUCGCGAGGUGUCGUGCUGUUGUAUGACAUUACGAGUGAAGAGAGCUACAGACACGUGACAGAGUUUGGUUGGACCUAUUUAUGGGGGUGCAGAGACCCGGGGGGACAGUCGCGGAUCGGCGAUUACGAAGAGGAAUACCACAGGUUUCCGAGUGAGACGAGAAAAUUUGGGUGCGUGCUGGUUGGGAACAAAGUCGAUCUUGUCCAGGGUGAUAAUAGCGAGAAGAGGGAGGUUCCCAAAGAAUUGGCUGAGGAAUGGGCCAGCAUGGUCGGCGUUGAGGCGUUCGAAGUCGAUAGAUAUGACAAGGGCGUGCUAGAAGAUGUUUUGAGAGCUUUGAUAAGGAAUACAAACUGGGCGAGAAGAAGGAAUGAGGAAGACAGCGAGGAAGACAACGAGGUAGUGAGGGAUAGGCAGAAAACGAAAGAAGAGACCGCGCAGGAACCCGAAAAGCGGAAAAGCACAAGCGGGAGAUUUCCUGCAUUCACAAAACUGAAAGAUAUUCUUAAAAUGACGAGGCGGAGACCAGAAAGAGAAGAAUGA